CGGAAAGACACUGAAUGCACCAUGGAAGGCUGUGGUCAAAUUCUCCUUUGCACAACCGUUCUCCUUACAGCGAAAACGAUCCCUAGAAGAGGGCCCGUUCCCAUGACCUGUGGUUCUGGCUGACGUCGUUGGAUGUCUUUCGAGGGCCCCUUUUUGGGCUCCAACAUUCCCAUUCACUUCCAGAGAAAACGGUUCUGUACUAUACCAUUCAAAGCUGCGGAUUUGCCAUUGCCUCCCAAAUCGGUGACCUGUAUGAGAGAAGGCAAUGGCCUAUUUCUCGUCCCCUCUGAAAGAGAGGACAUCAGGGUCACGACAAAUGAAGUCCUUGAUACCUGCGGGACGAUCGCCGCCGUCCAUGCGAAAGAUACCUCCUAAACUUCUGUCGCCACAGUCGCCCUCGAGUGAUAAUGUCUUCAGUAUCCGCAGCUCAUGCGACCUUGCAGGCUUUUGAAAAGCGAGAUAAAAGAGAAGGAAGCGUCCCAAAAAAGAGUGGUGGGCGAAGAGCGAACGAGAAUUUCGAGAAGCGCAAACGCAGUCUCCUUAGAAAAUGCAAUGAGACUGUUGAAUUAUAUGACGCAGAUCUAUAUAUCGCUGUUCGCCGGAAGGGGAAGUGUACGGUGUAUUCAAGUUGUUUCGUUUCCAGUUGGCCUCCUCGUCAAGAAGAUAUGGAAACUUACUAUCCAGUCCCUAUUGUGAUGACUCCGGAAGAUUUUCGAAGAGAGACUACGGACGACAGGGAAGCUAGCAGUUUGGGUGAGAAAGGUGGCUUCUUUGACGAGCCGACCUCGUCAAGGCCCGCUGCAAAAUCGUCGGUAGUCGGAGUGGGACUUAAAGGACCUUGAAAGCUGUCGGGCGUAGAUAGGAUAGAGAUGGUCAGCCUUGAGUGUUUGGAUGAGCGGCACAGGCAAUAUCAGUUAUCGCACCAGCAACUUGAAACGUGCAUUCGCAUCCGAAUACCAACGACCGUGGUCGCGAAGUUCCCUGAUUACCCAGCUUGGCGCCAUAGCUUCGGCUGAUUCUUGCCUUACUGUAUUAAUUGGGAACUUGUCUGCUGCAAUCUGGCUUCUUGGUCUGUGGUCUUUGAUGCCUGGCCUGAGACUAGUGGAAUUCGAG